AUGUCAGUAGUUGAGGAUGCUGUAGUUACUGAUGUUGUUACUGGUGCAGUUGUUUCUGAAGAUGUAGACAUUGUUGUUGAAGAAAGAGUUGUGGAUUCUGAAGUUACAGCUGCUGAUGUUGUUGGACUGUUUGUUGUCGUAGAUGUGGUUGAUGAGGCUGUAGUUGUGGACGCUGCCAUUGUACUUUCUGAAGUUGUAGGCAAUGUUGUUGAAGUAAUAGGUGUGGUUUGUGUACUCACAACUGUAGUAGUGGGAAUGUCAGUAGUUGAGGAUGCUGUAGUUACUGAUGUUGUUACAGGUGCAGUUGUUUCUGAAGAUGUAGACAUUGUUGUUGAAGAAAGAGUUGUGGAUUCUGAAGUUACAGCUGCUGAUGUUGUUGGAUUCUUUGUUGUGGUAGAUGUGGUUGAUGAGGCUGUAGUUGUGGACCCUGCUGUUGUACUUUCUGAAGUUGUAGGCAAUGUUGUUGAAGUAAUAGGUGUGGUUUGUGUACUCGUGGGGAUGUUAGUAGUUGAAGAUGCUGUAGUUACUGAUGUUGUUACAGGUGCAGUUGUUUCUGAAGAUGUAGACAUUGUUGUUGAAGAAAGAGUUGUGGAUUCUGAAGUUACAGCUGCUGAUGUUGUUGGAUUGAUUGUUGUCGUAGAUGUGGUUGAUGAGGCUGUAGUUGUGGACGCUGCCAUUGUACUUUCUGAAGUUGUAGGCAAUGUUGUUGAAGUAAUAGGUGUGGUUUGUGUACUCGUGGGGAUGUUAGUAGUUGAAGAUGCUGUAGUUACUGAUGUUGUUACAGGUGCAGUUGUUUCUGAAGAUGUAGACAUUGUUGUUGAUGAAAGAGUUGUGGAUUCUGAAGUUACAGCUGCCGAUGUUGUUGGACUGUUUGUUGUCGUAGAUGUGGAUGAUGAGGCUGUAGUUGUGGACGCUGCCAUUGUACUUUCUGAAGUUGUAGGCAAUGUUGUUGAAGUAAUAGGUGUGGUUUGUGUACUCGUGGGGAUGUUAGUAGUUGAAGAUGCUGUAGUUACUGAUGUUGUUACAGGUGCAGUUGUUUCUGAAGAUGUAGACAUUGUUGUUGAAGAAACAGUUGUGGAUUCUGAAGUUACAGCUGCUGAUGUUGUUGGACUGUUUGUUGUCGUAGAUGUGGUUGAUGAGGCUGUAGUUGUGGACCCUGCUGUUGUACUUUCUGAAGUUGUAGGCAAUGUUGUUGAAGUAAUAGGUGUGGUUUGUGUACUCGUGGGGAUGUUAGUAGUUGAAGAUGCUGUAGUUACUGAUGUUGUUACAGGUGCAGUUGUUUCUGAAGAUGUAGAUAUUGUUGUUGAAGAAAGAGUUGUGGAUUCUGAAGUUACAGCUGCUGAUGUUGUUGGACUGUUUGUUAUCGUAGAUGUGGAUGAUGAGGCUGUAGUUGUGGACCCUGCUGUUGUACUUUCUGAGGUUGUAGGCAAUGUUGUUGAAGUAAUAGGUGUGGUUUGUGUACUCACAACUGUAGUAGUGGGAAUGUCAGUAGUUGAGGAUGCUGUAGUUACUGAUGUUGUUACAGGUGCAGUUGUUUCUGAAGAUGUAGACAUUGUUGUUGAAGAAAGAGUUGUGGAUUCUGAAGUUACAGCUGCUGAUGUUGUUGGAUUGUUUGUUGUCGUAGAUGUGGUUGAUGAGGCUGUAGUUGUGGACGCUGCCAUUGUACUUUCUGAAGUUGUAGGCAAUGUUGUUGAAGUAAUAGGUGUGGUUUGUGUACUCGUGGGGAUGUCAGUAGUUGAAGAUGCUGUAGUUACUGAUGUUGUUACAGGUGCAGUUGUUUCUGAAGAUGUAGACAUUGUUGUUAAAGAAAGAGUUGUGGAUUCUGAAGUUACAGCUGCUGAUGUUGUUGGACUGUUUGUUGUCGUAGAUGUGGAUGAUGAGGCUGUAGUUGUGGACCCUGCUGUUGUACUUUCUGAAGUUGUAGGCAAUGUUGUUGAAGUAAUAGGUGUGGUUUGUGUACUCACAACUGUAGUGGGAAUGUCAGUAGUUGGGGAUGCUGUAGUUACUGAUGUUGUUACAGGUGCAGUUGUUUCUGAAGCUGUAGACAUUGUUGUUGAAGAAAGAGUUGUGGAUUCUGAAGUUACAGCUGCUGAUGUUGUUGGAUUGUUUGUUGUCGUAGAUGUGGUUGAUGAGGCUGUAGUUGUGGACGCUGCCAUUGUACUUUCUGAAGUUGUAGGCAAUGUUGUUGAAGUAAUAGGUGUUGUUUGUGUACUCACAACUGUAGUAGUGGGAAUUUCAGUAGUUGAGGAUGCUGUAGUUACUGAUGUUGUUACAGGUGCAGUUGUUGCUGAAGAUGUAGACAUUGUUGUUGAAGAAACAGUUGUGGAUUCUGAAGUUACAGCUGCUGAUGUUGUUGGACUGUUUGUUGUCGUAGAUGUGGUUGAUGAGGCUGUAGUUGUGGACGCUGCUGUUGUACUUUCUGAAGUUGUAGGCAAUGUUGUUGAAGUAAUAGGUGUGGUUUGUGUACUCACAACUGUAGUAGUGGGAAUUUCAGUAGUUGAGGAUGCUGUAGUUACUGAUGUUGUUACAGAUGUGGUUGAUGAAGCUGUAGCUGUGGUUUCUGCUGUUGUACUCUCUGAAGUUGUAGGCAGUGUUGUUGAAGUAGUAGUUGUGGUUUCUGUACUGACAUAUUUGGUGGUGGUUGGAAUUUCACUAGUUGUGGAUGCUGUAGUUACUGAUGUUGUUACAGGUGCAGAGGUUUCAGAAGAUGUAGACAUAGUGGUUGAAGGAAGAGUUGUGGAUUCAGAAGUUACAGCUGCUGAUGUUGUUGGAUCUUUUGUUGCUGUUGAUGUGGUUGAUGAAGGUGUAGAAUCAGAUGAGGUUGGAGCUGAUGUUGCUGAGUUUGAAGUGACAACCAAAAAAUAA